AUGUCUCAGUACGACCCCAGCUCGGACUUCAAGAGGGCUCUGGACAGCAGUCCGGAGGCCAACACGGAGGAUGACAAGGCCGAGGAGGACGUGCCCAUGCCCAAGAACUACUUGUGGCUCGCCAUCGUCUCGUGUUUUUGCCCCGCGUACCCCAUCAACAUCGUGGCUUUCGUCUUCUCCAUCAUGUCUCUGAACAGCUACAACGACGGAGACAUCGAAGGAUCCAAGCGGCUCGGGAGGAAUGCCAAGUGGGUGGCCAUCGCCUCCAUCAUUAUUGGCCUUCUCAUCAUCGGUAUUUCUUGUGCAGUUCACUUCACAAGGAAACCGGAAGCGGAACUGCCGAAUGCGAUUCGCCGGCCGCCGCCGCCCCCACCCCGGAUCCCGACUGACUCACAGACGCGCCGGAAGCGGAAGUUGCUAAGAGCCUCGCCCGAGGGGUGUGGUACUCGGGGCUCCGACUCCUUCCCCGGGGUCCGUGUGACCCGCUGGUUGCCGCAGUCCCCUGCCCCUUCCCUGGAGUGA